AACCCUACUCCGGAUCGAGGGAAUUGUGUCUGUUAUUAGAUUUUUAGGGUUAGAGGGAUGAGCAGUCGCGUCUCAAGGAGGUGGGAGGAACCGGCGAAGGCUGCUAAAAUAGCGGUAUGGUGGGACAUGAAGGACUGUCCGAUCCCAGAGGGUUAUGAUGCUCGUCUCUUCCGUCCGAGUUUAGAAGCGGCAUUCAAGAGUGUUGGCUACUCUGGUCCUGUCUCCAUCACUGCCUAUGGCGACCAAACACAAACCCCUGAUCACAUCCUGCGAGUGCUCUCUUCCACUGGAGUCGCUGUUGCACAUACCAGACCCGAAAGCACAAAUCACUCAUGUAUGCGGAUAUGGUGGAAUGGCGAGGUAAAAAUCCUGCUCCGGCUUCAAUGAUGAUCAUAUCCAAUCAGGUGCACACUGUCUUCGCUUGGGAUCUGGCCCGGCUACAACAACGGACGCUAUACAACCUUUUUCUUGUUUAUCCAAUCGAGUAUCGGUUUAUGACAAUCCUGAAAACUUGUAGAGAGUGGGUUUGGGAAAGAUUACUAGGGUACGCGGAUGAUGAGACCAGAAGCGCACCACUUGUUCAGGAGAAGCGCAGUGACACGGGCGAGUUAUCAUCUGCCACGCUUUACUGCAAAUCUUGCAACUUCGAUUCCCAAAGCCCUGAAAUUUUCAGGAAGCAUCUCUCGAGUUAUAAGCAUAAACGAGAAGAGGAUAUAGACCCUACGGAGACAGCAGUUGACUGUGUAACAGAGGAGUGGGCAAAGGAAUACCCGGCGACGCCUGAAUACGCGACAGCUCAAAUAGCGGUGUGGUGGAACUUGUUUCAAUGUCCGAUCCCCAAGGGAUAUGAUGCUCGUCGGGUCCGGCCGAGUUUAGAAGCGGCAUUCAAGAAUCUUGGCUACUCUGGUCCUGUCUCCAUCACUGCCUUUGGCGACCUAAACCGUAUCCCUGAUCACCUCCUGCGAGGGCUCUCUUCAACUGGAAUCAAUGUUGUGCAUUCCUGUUACGCUAACACAUGCACUGUAAUUUAUGAAGAUAUCGAGAUUUGGGUAGAUUCUAAUCCUCCUCCGGCUACUAUAAUGGUCAUAACGAAUAGUUUGGAACCGGUCUAUUCACCUUGUCUUGUCACGCUACUACAAGUGCACAAACACAAGCUUUUUCUGGCUUAUUCAAGGAGGCCUCGCAAAAUGUCUGCCCUGCUCACUUCUGCCGAGUGGCUCUGGGAAAGCUUACUUGCAGUUUCAGAGACAAAAAAACACGUUCUUCAGAAGUGCAGUACAAGUCAAAGUUUAUCCACAGAGGCAAGAAAACACGUUCUUCACAAGUGCAGUACAAGUCAAAGUUUUGCCACAGUUUCAGAGACAAGUGUCCACGUUCCUCACAAGUGCAGUAAAAGUGAAAGUUUUCCCACUCUUUCAGAGGCAAGAAAACACUUUCUGAAUUGCAGUGAAAUUGAAUUUUUAUGCACAGUUUCAGAGACCAGAGUACACGUUCGUUCAGAGUUAAAAAGCCACGUUUAUCAGAAGUUCAGUGAAAGUGAAUCUACCUCAGUAUUUUAUUGCGAAGUUUGCUUCUGUUAUUACGAAAGCCUUGAUGAUUUCAGGACGCAUCUCUCAAGAGAAGAACAUACGCGACGAGAUGGUCGUUUUAUUGGGUAUUUUCAACCCAAGGAGAAUGUUCAUUCGGCCGAGUACGAUCCACAGGCUUGGCGAGAGGUACACGAGAUGAGACGUAAGUUGAAGAAGCAAACUAAAUCAGCCGAGUACGAUCGAUGGCAUUGGCUCCGACAGGAAAAACGUAGGAAAGCAUUCCGGACGAUUUUUCCUCUUCGUUUACGUCUUACUAAUCGUGGACGUAGUAGACCUCCACGAAAAUCUCAAACCUGCAAGAAAGACCAAAGAUUAGUUAGUACCUGUACUGAGGAGGAUUUUUGGGCCAGUAACUAAGAUUGAUACACGAGGGUGGCCUGAUUCUGUGAAAAAGAUUCUCGGUCCAAACUUCUCCUUUGACAUACUUGAGAUUCGUGGUGUAACCUUCGAAGUCUUUGUAGCCAGCUUGUUUGGCUACGGCAUUCUUCGCCGUCUCCGUGAGAUCAAAGAACUGUGUACCAACCUCCUUCAACUGCCCUAUCAGAUCCAUCGAGAUUCCAUGAUUAACCACGUGAAAAAUCCCCCACUCUUCGCUCGCUUUCACCACCGCACGAGACACUUGCUCUUCGUCAAGGUUGCUUAGAUCGA